AUGGAAUCUUUCUCUAUUGUUGCUAGGGAUAAGGUGGCAGUCUCUAAAUCGGGAUCACACAACGAUAAAGUCGGUAUUCCCCAUCCAGAUGAUUCUGCGCGUGACGCAGUAUUUCUAACGAAUAUAAAACAUAUAUUUGACGAUGACGACGACUAUACCAUCAAUCUGGGAGAGCUGGGUCCUAUCGAUUCGGAUGACGAUAUAGAGCACGUGAUACUUAUACAAGUGGAUAGUCAGUCCGAAGUAAAAAAGGUGGAGUUAAUUAGUGAUGAGUUUCAGCUCUUAAACUAUGAAUUGGAGUCCAAAAAUGAUCUUGUACUGAAUAUUUUGUCCAAGUUUCCAACGGAAAUUCCGAAUGAGAACUCAGUUGAAUUGAGUGAACUCAUAGCUAGGUACCGUAUGCAGAACAACCAUCUUGCGAAGUUAAUUAAUGAUCUAUAA